AUGAUGCGAGGAGUCUUGGCGUUGGCAAAUACGAUCGCUCAAAAGAGCCCUGUCGCCGUGCAAGGAACAAAGAUGAUUCUGAAUUAUUCUCGCGAUCACACAGUUGAUGAAGGACUGCAGGCAGUGGCUACAUGGAAUCAGUCUCAGCUGAUGACGGAGGACAUAGUGAAGAGCGGCUUAGCCGCGUUAACGAAGUCUCCACUGCCGCCAUUUUCAAAGCGAUUUCAACGAGUUUUUGCAAUGACUUAA